AUGUCUUCCAAAAUAACUCAACACUUUCGUAGGGCCGUUUUUCCAAUUUACUUCGUUAACCAUCGAGUACGAUGCCUUCAGUCGCCAAGUCUUAUGUUGAGGAACUUGAGACCUGACUUAUCUCAAUUAUCACCUUUGAGACCUUAUACAAACUCUUCACCCUCCCCCCACGCAUCUCUCGAAGAGUCUAAAUCGUCCUUCUACAUGAAAAAAUCCACAAAAUACAUUGCAAAACGACUUCGAACUGCUAUAUCAGCGAACAUAAAAGUAACUGGCCUUGUUGGUCUUAUAUCUGUGGACCUUCUAUAUGCUUGGUAUCGAAACAGAUGUAACGAACGCCUUCUCAACGAAACUGUGGAAAAGGGAACUCGACCCGAAAUUAACGUUUUAGGUUAUGAACUUGUUUCUCGACCUCUAGUAGUAGAUCGCCUUAAAAAAAUUUUUCAACCGCAUAGAAAUCAUUUUUUUAAUCACAUGAUUUACGGUGAACCUGGAUCUGGGAAAACUACGCUGACAAGAAUUGCAUCGAAUGAAGUUGGACACGGAGUUAUAUACGUUGAUGUUCCUGCGAAUUUCAAUGAAUUUGGUGAAGCUUUCAGAAAAGCCAUUAAUUUUAGAUUUGAUGAAAGGAUUUCUUUUACGGAACAGCUGAUGCGAAAAAUAUUAGGCAAAACUAAUGAUAAACUUAAGGUCUCUGAAUGGGAGAGAGCUCUAAAGGCCUUUAAGCGUGCUGGUGCGGUGUACAAAGCAAAGCACAAUAAACCACCGGUUAUUGUUUACGACAAUGUUGGUCGGUUGGUUAAUAAGAAUCCAGAAAUCCUUGAUAUCCUUCAAGAUGAUGCCAAGGAUAAUGUUGAUGACAGAAAAUACAUCACUGUGUUUAUCAGUAGUGAGUGGAAUGUCCCGAGAAGAAUGCAAGCACGUAGUUAUUGUUCACGUGCAGAAAAACCAAUCGAAAUUGGUGACCUCUCCAGGGAAGAAUCAUUAGAUUACUUGAUCAAUAAGUGUGGAAUCAAGACUGUCAAGAAGGGCAAGGUAGAUACCUCAGAAGCAGAAAGAUUAUUUGAUUUGGUUGGUGGACGCAUUUUAGAUCUGAAGUGUGUAGCAGAUAAAUAUCUGGAAGGAGAAUCCAUUGAAGUUAUUGAACAAAAUAUUUUGAUAGAAGUCGGAAAAAAAAUCAGAACUGCAAAACUUCUUGAAAACGCUAAACAUUAUGAAGUAGGAAAACGUAUCAUCAAUGCUUUGUUGCUUUCUAAAGAACUUAGCCUUACUACAUUUGAGGAGUUUUUCAACAAGCCCGAACAAGCCAAAGAAGUCUUGAAAACCAAUACUUACCAGGCACUUAAUGUUAUAACUACAUAA